AUGCGUUGGACAAACUAUAUUCAGGCUGCAUCUGCAAUAGCAGCGACGGUCGUACAAGCUUCUACAUUGACCCCGCCAGUGGUACCAUUGAUUGUUCGCAAUCCAUAUCUGAGUGCUUGGUUAGGACAUGCAAGAGAAAAUCCAUGGGAACAUUGGCCUAUAUUCUGGACAGGUCAAGAGAUUGGAUUCUCUGUACUCGCUGCGGUACCUCAGUCUGAUACUGUUUACCCAUUGCUGGGUAGACCACAAGAUUCGUUAAGCAAAACUGGGGAUAGCUUCAAUGUAUCAUAUCCUACAUUUCUAGGUGCUACUUUCGAUGCGUCAACAACAAACCUCACAUAUAACAUUCCUUCGCCCUCUAAAUCCCAAGAUCCUCUCGAGGUGGUCCUGUCCUUCCUAUCUCCCAUCACACCGACUUCUACAUUCCGACAAUCAAUACCUGCGGCAUAUUUGACUAUACAUGUUACAGGGGGAUUUGAUCUCGAUGUAUAUCUGGAUAUCAAUGGAUUGUGGGUUAGUGGUGAUAGAGCCAAUGCCAUUGAUUGGACUUUUAGCCAGAGCGAGCCACCGAAAGGUAGUAAAGAAUUACCGUUGAAGACAUGGAAAGUCAAACGAGUGGUUGAGCAGUUGUUCACCGAAUGGGGUGAUCGUUCAGAAUGGGGACAAUUACACUUCACUGGCCCGGCUGAUGCUCACCAUCAAGCUGGUACAUCAGGGCUACUUCGAACCGCCUUCUCUCGAAAUGGAACUCUGCAGAAUAUUGUUGACACCAAAUUCCGAGGAAUUAUGGAUGAGGAACCAGUUUUCGCAUUUGCCUACUCUUUCAAACUUAAUUCAACCUCUAAUUCUACUUCUGCUGCAAGUGGGAAAACAUACGCUAGUGCUCUAUUCACGAUCGCACAUAUCCAGGAUCCUGUCAUUCAAUUUGCUUCUGCUCGAGGAUUGACAGCCAUGCGCCCAUUAUGGGCUUCCUAUUACCCUCACGCUGAUAAUCUGCUCAACUUCCAUUACCAUGAUUUCCAGAAGGCUUUUGAUCUUGCAAGCAAUUACUCGGAUCAGCUUGCGAUUGAUGCUUUGCAAUCUGGAUCUGAGGACUACAAGGAUAUUCUCGCCCUUAGUGCACGGCAAGUAUUAGGCGCAGCUUCCUUCUCUGGUACUCCAGAUGAUCCUAUUAUCUUCUUCAAGGAGAUUUCUUCUGAUGGAAAUAUGAACACUAUUGAUGUCAUAUACCCCGCUUUUCCAUUCUUUCUGUACACCAACCCUAGGUGGUUGGCCUAUAUGCUGGAGCCUUUGAUUGAGCAUAUGCUUAGUGGUCAAUAUCCUAAUGAUUACGCCAUGCAUGAUCUUGGUUCAUCAUUCCCUAAUGCAACAGGACAUCCCGAUGGUAGGGACGAAUAUAUGCCCGUUGAGGAGUGUGGUAACAUGCUCAUUAUGGGAUUGGCACUAGUCAACUCACUGAAGUACGACACUAAGCCAGCAAGUAUUUGGUCUAAUCAAGGCGCCCAUAAAUCUUCUCAAUUUAUCGAAAGUGCUUUCCCACUUUUCAUCGAAGCAGAUGGUAUGGAUGAUACUGUCGGUGGUCCCAUCGAAGCUAAAGGCGAGAAGCAAGCACGAAAAUGGGUCAAGAAAUCCUAUAGAUUAUGGAAACAAUGGACUGGCUAUUUGGUCAGGGAAACCCUUAUACCUAGCAACCAAUUGUCAACGGAUGACUUUGCUGGAUGGCUAGCCAAUCAAACAAAUCUUGCCUUGAAGGGUAUCAUAGGUAUCAAGGCUAUGAGUGAGAUAGCCGAAGUCGUUGGUGAAACUGAAGAUGCUAUCUUUUACCGCAACAUUUCCGAAACUUACAUCAAACGAUGGGAGGAAGAAUUUGCCUUCUCCAGAGAUGGAACUCAUGCCAAAUUAGCAUAUUCCUGGUAUGGAUCAUGGACCAUUCUAUACAAUCUGUUUGCAGAUUCGUUACUUUGUUUCCAUAUCCCAUCAAGCUCGGCAUCUAUUCCAAGCAUCGGGAAAGACCAACAAACACCUAUCAAUCUUCCUGAUCACCAAACUUCAAAGACGGGAUUUGUUAGUGACAAGGUUUACAAAUUACAGAGUGAUUGGUAUCACUCGGUUCGACAAAAGUAUGGUUUACCUCUAGAUAGUCGACAUAUGUACACUAAGAGUGACUGGGAGUUCUUUGCUGUUUCUGUUGCUAGUAAGAAAGUCCGAGAGGAAAUUGUUGACUCAAUCGCAUUGUGGGUCAAUGAGACUACGACAGAUAAACCACUCACAGACUUAUAUGAUACCGAGGGAACUGGCGGAUUUCCUGGCAUCGAAUUUAAAGCUCGACCGGUGGUUGGAGGUCAUUUCGCAUUCUUGGCGUUGGAAAGAGCAUGUGAUGGGAAAGCUGUUGGUGCGUUAGACUUUUUGAAUGAAGAAGAUGGUGAGGUAGAUGUAGAGCAAGAGGAGAUGACUCGGAUGCAUUUGGAAGAAUUGUAG